CAACUGCAUCUUCUGUAUGUGUAGCAGGAGGGAAUCCACCACACUCAGGGAAGAUGUGUUCAAACAGAAGCAGGCUUACAAGCUCUCUACAGCACAAAACACUUUCCAGAAAAGGAUUUCUGCUGCCAGUAUCUUGCACCCUGCCCAAGCCUGCCGGGACUGUCCGCUUCAGGCAGAGCAGGCAGCAAGGAUGGCGAGGCACCUUCUUCUUCUUCUUCUUCUUCUUCUUCUUCUCCUCCUCCUCCUCCUCCUCCUCGGCCACAGCCACAUCACUCCCUCAGGCGAGGUAAUUUUCAGAAUUCUCUGAGGAGGAAUUCCGCGCUUCUCCCUCCCACACCGGGGAAGAAGCAACUCCUUCUGUACUCCUCCCAACAUUUACAACCGAACCCUCACCUUUAGCCAGUCGCCUUGACCGGCGAUGUGCAUGCCAGAACGCUAACCAACCACCCCACUUCCCCGCCGCCUCAGGCGCCGCCGCCAUUUUGUGGGCCCCGCCUCAGCUGCUCGGCGCAGGCUCGGCUCCGGCUCGGCUCCGCACGGCGCCCGGCUGGAGCAUGGAGGCCGCACUGAAGCGGGAGCUAGGCACCACCGUGCUGCGGGCAACCGGGCACUCGGGCGGCGGCUGCAUCAGCCAGGGCCAGAGCUACGAGACGGACAGCGGGCGGGUGUACGUGAAGAGCAACGCCAAGCCGGAGGCUAGAAGAAUGUUUGAGGGAGAAAUGGCAAGUUUAGAAGCCAUCUUGAAAACGCAGACAAUAAAAGUGCCUAAACCCAUCAAAGUUAUAGAACUGCCUGGGGUCAGUACUCUGUUUGUGAUGGAACAUUUGGAAAUGAGAGGCUUAAACAGACAUUCAUCAAAGCUUGGAACACAGCUGGCUGAUCUCCACCUUCAUAACCAGCAACUUGGAGAGAAGCUGAAGAAAGAAGAGAGCACAGUUGGUAUGGUGAAUGACUGGCAGACUGACUGGGUGACUUUCUUUGCCAAGCAAAGAAUCCAGCCCCAGAUGGACAUGAUUGAAAAGAAUUCAGGAGACAGGGAAGCAAGAGAACUUUGGGCACAACUUCAGUUGAAGAUACCCAGUUUGUUCUGUGAUGUAGAAAUUGUUCCUGCUCUCCUGCAUGGAGAUCUCUGGGGAGGAAAUGUAGCAGAGGAUGAUUCUGGUCCAAUUAUCUUCGAUCCAGCUUCUUUCUAUGGCCAUUCAGAGUAUGAGCUUGCAAUAGCAGGGAUGUUUGGUGGCUUCACUAGCUCUUUUUACUCUGCUUAUCACAGUAAAAUUCCCAAAGCUCCAGGGUUUGAGAAGCGCCUAAAGCUUUAUCAGCUUUUUCACUACAUGAACCAUUGGAACCAUUUUGGUACAGGGUACAGAGGGUCUUCUCUAAACAUCAUGAGAAAUCUGGUCAAGUGACUUUCUGCUCAAGCGGGAUACUUCCUGUGUUGCUUGGCAAACCACAUACUUGGUGUUGCAGCUACAGGAAUGGUAAUGUUAAAAUAGCUGCUAGACCCUUGACCUUAUUUGCACAACUAAAGACCCAGAAUCAGUGAGUCCUGCUGAAUACCAGGUAUAGCAUAUUCAUUCCAUUUUAGCAUCUUUGGAGAGGGAACUAUCUAAGGAAGGAGCUUACUCUGUUGCAUAAAAGAUCCAUCAGUGUCAAGAAGGCAUUGUAUGCUUGAGACUAGACAAGUUAAUAGAAUCAAGCACCAAAGCAUAAAUGAUUUGGAAUAGGUUCUGUUAGGGACCAGUUGUUCUUCAGAGCAGAGAAAUGCUGGAGUUUGCAUUUGCACCGUAGUGAAAAAUGUUAGAAAAGCCAUUGUGAAAUGGAAGAUUGCUCUUCUCAGUUACUGAGCAGAUGGCUAAAAGAGUUGUUCAUUGCUUUUUGCUGUUCCUCGUCUCUUCCAUGAUUGAUUGCUCAGAUUCGAUAAGCUCUUCAUUUCCAGUUAUGUGCAUGGGAACAAUGAAGUAUUUUGAAAGUCAACAAGACAACUGUAUAAUUGGAACUGUAAAAAGUGAUUUGGACUUGCUAAUCAUUUUGUUAAUGUGAUUCUGUUGGAGGGAGACUGCUUCCUAUUCUGUUGCAAAGCAGUGUGAAAUUGCUUAGAAAUUUUUCUGGCAUAUACAUUUUGGUGUCUCAUGGCAUUCUUUCAGGCUCUUCUGUGCUUUCUGCUCAGCUAGUUCCCACUCUAGAACAAUUUUGUUUUUACCUGAACUACCUCUGUUUUCUUUUCUGGAUUAUGCUUUUGUCCCGUAGCAUGCAUUCUUAAAGCAGAUCUUUUCAGGUAAGACAAUUCUUUUAUACACCAUGUGAAGAUGUCCUCUCUCACUAAUAAAAAGAUGCGCUUUUUGAUUGCUGUAGUUGCCGACAGGACAAUGCCAUCUGAUCAUGGUAUGGUCUUCAUAUAAAUUUUCUGUAAUUUAGACUACAGAUGCCAUAAGCUAACUUACUUUAUUUCAUUCCCCACUAAGUGCACUUUCUAGGUCUUAGGAUAAGAGACAUGAAACCAAAAGGAGUUAAAAUGUAACUCACAGAACAGCAGCUCUCCACCACUAUCAGAAAUUCUGUAACAAUAGCUUUGCAGACAAUAGCUAUUUGUUGUACUUGCAAGAUAAUACUAAAAUUAUAACUGCUGUUUUUGAUGUAGGCUGGUAAUGAUAUUGCAGUGCAAGCGUGCCAGCUAGGUGAGAGAAAUGCAUGAUGCCUAACAUGAAUUUUGAGUGUUUGGGAAUGACUUAAUUAAAAAUGAUUUUUACAGGAUAUACUGGCAGAUUACCAAGGGUUUUCUAGUUGCUGUUGUUUGCAAGAAUAUGAAGCAAUUUUAGAGAAGGCAAUCACUUGAUACAACUUUUCCUUAGUUCUAUCCCUCUUCUCACUGGCUGUUUAACUUUUGCUAUGAAAAGUUUUGAAGCUCUGCUCAGUAGAAUCACUUUUAUCUUGUGGCUUAAAUAAAAAGUUUCUCCAUUGA